AUGGAGGAUGACUUUCGAGGCCCGUCGACUCGGCAGUUGCAGCAUCCUUGGGCCGUGACGCCGCCCGACCCCGACAGCCUCGAGGGUGGCAAGCUGAAGCCGCCUCACGACACGGCGUCGGCUGCAUCCGCCCCUGCUGCUCUCCAAGACGCCGACGAUGACGACGACGGAGAUGCCUACAGCGCCUUCUCGCGCUCCACCAAGAUGUGGGUGACGACAAUGGUCACCAUCUCGAGCGUCAUUUCCCCCAUGACGGCAAACGUCUACUACCCCGCCCUCAACGCCGUCGCCGACAGCCUCAACGUGUCCAUCUCCCUCAUCAACCUGACCUUGACCACCUACAUGAUUCUCCAGGGCCUGUCGCCCACCAUCUUCGGCGACUUUGGCGACAUGGCCGGCCGCCGGCCCGCCUUCAUCGUCGCCUUUGCCAUCUACCUGCUCGCCAACAUUGGCCUGGCUCUGCAGCGCAACUACGCCGCCCUCAUGGUGCUUCGUUGUCUGCAGUCGGCCGGCAGCAGCGGCACCCUCGCCCUCGGCUAUGCCGUCAUCGCCGACAUUGCCUCGAGUGAGGAGCGCGGCGUCUACAUGGGUCUCGUGAGCGCUGGCAUCAACUUUGGCCCGGCCGUUGGCCCCAUCCUGGGCGGCGUCCUGAGCCAGUAUCUCGGCUGGCCAUCCAUCUUCUGGUUCUGUGCCAUCUUCGUCUUCCUCUGGCUCGUCCCGUGGAUUCUUUGCGUCCCCGAAACGUGCCGUGCUGUCGUCGGCAACGGCUCCGUGGCACCCCCCAAAUGGAACAUGACCCUCAUCGACUUUGUCCGUUGCCGCGGCGUCAAUCAGCGGCCCGAGUCUGAGCCCAAGGUGGAGCUGCGCAUCCCCAACCCGUUGCGGACACUCUACGUCGUCUUCCGCAAAGAGGAGGGCUUAAUCUUGCUCAUCUCAGCCAUCAUAUACCUCAACUUUAUCCUCGUCUCCGCCACCUUAUCUACGACGUUCAAGAACAUUUACCAGUACAACGAGUUGGAAGUCGGCCUCUGCUAUCUGCCUUAUGGCAUUGGCUGCUGUCUGGCAAGCCUGGUCCAGGGCUACAUUGUCGACUGGAACUAUCGCCGGAUCGCAAGCAAGCUCGGGGUACCAGUCCACCGUAAACGGGGCGAGGCUCUCGUCGACUUUCCCGUGGAAACCGCUCGCAUCCAGCUGGUGUAUCCUGCCCUGGCAGUGGGCGCCGCGGCCCUCAUUGGUUGGGGAUGGGCCCUGCAAGCCGAGACCAACGUGGCGGCACCGCUGGUACUUUCCUUCAUCAUCGGCAUGCUCGUUCCCACCUCCUUCAGCGUCCUCAACACCCUCAUUGUCGACCUCAACCCCCACGCCCCCGCCACGGCCGCGGCGGCCAACAAUCUUGUGCGCUGUUCCUUUGGCGCCGUGGCAACGGCCGUCAUUGAUUACAUGCUUGAUGGCAUGGGCCGAGGAUGGUGUUUUACUUUUCUGGCACUUCUCAUGGUGCUCUGUUUUGCUGGUUUGAGAGUCUUGGAGAAGCGCGGUCCGCAAUGGAGGGCCGAAAGGGCCAGAAAGGCCGCCGGCGAUGACAGCCGGACCGUGUCCCAGGAAAAGGGACAUGCAACGAAACAGACCAACGUUGACGAAACAAGCGAAGCAUAG